AUGCACCACGUGAACGCCGACGGCUCCGCAGGAGGCAGCGCCGGACUCUCUGCUUCCCGCCCUCUCCUUGUCGUCUCUCCCUCGGGGUACAUGGGGCCUAGAAUUCUAUCGGAGUCUCUUGGAAGCCCCUCUGUGGGUCGGGGGGCCCUUGUGGAAGCCCCUGCGGGGGCCCCUGUGGGGCCCUUAGCCGCUACGUCUGGACAUGUCGUGCCCGCAGGAGGACCUGUAGAAGGGAGUGCAAGGGCCUAUGUGGACGCAGAGGCGGUAACGAAUUUUGCAGCAUCUGCUCCAGGAGCAGCAGCUGCAGGUAACCCUAGGCCAGCCCAGGGGCCCCCAUUGGCGAGGCCUGUGGCGGUGCUACCGCAGCGGGUCCCGUCGCGAAGAGAAGAGCGGCGAGGGGCCCCCCCAGUAGAGAUAAGCGGGCUUUCGCCAGAUUUUCAGUUUACUGAGAAGCCUUCUUGGUUGCGGCGAGUAUUGGUUAUUUUAAUUGUCGCUUGCGUCUCACCUUCUCUACUUAAAGAAGAUCCUUUUCCUCCUCUAAAGGAAAUCAUCGCGAGACAGGCCCCUCUCUUCAGAAGUGGAUAA